CUUUAGCUGCUGUUGAUAUGAGACUACACCACUUUCACUUUUCUUAAUUUUUCCACCAAACCUCUCUUUUUCUUUUCUUUCUUUCUUUCACCAAAAAACUAUGUCUUCAAUCAUAACCUCACAAGGUGCUGUUUUUGCAACCGCCAUGGCUGUUUCCGGCACAGUCAUCCUCCUUGCUCUCCGUUUACAGAAAUCUCUCCCACCAACCCAAUUCUCUCUUCAUGAAAUUCCAUCUUCUUCUUCUCCAACUCCAAUUUUACGAUCUUGUAUAUCCUCUGAUGAAAAGAAAACAAAGAAAAAGAAGAAAAGAGUUCAUUUUGCAGAAGAUGUUAUGGAUUCUUGUAAAGAUGGAGAAGAAUACAGAAAACAACACCAACAACAACAACAACAACAACAUGGUACUAAUAAUACUAUGAAUAAUACUAAACAUUCUUUGAAGAUAAAUUCAAAAUCAAAGGUGUCAAAGAAUUGUAAUGGUGGGAAUGAGAACAGAGGAAUGCCUGCAAACAGAGUUGCUUUGUAUAAUGGAAUUCUUAGGGAUCGUGUGAAUCAACGAUUGGGUUAUUGUUGAAUUUUAUGUUGUUUUUUUUUUGGUUUGUGAAUAUGAAUAUUCUGUGAUUAUGCUUAUUUUUUCACCUUUUUUUUUUUGGAAGUACAGUUGGUAGGAAAAAUAGGGUCCACCACAAACAAAGGCUAAUAUAGUUGCUGGAUUUGUCUUGUGAAUUAUGAAGAUGAUUUUAUUUUUGUUCAUAUUUUCUUGUGUUUUGGUCUCUUCAUAAAUCCAAAGGCAAUUGUGUUAAUGUAGACCCUUUUUUCCCUUGAUAUCCGACCUAUUAGACUGCUUAAUCUGAUUUAGAGGUCAGUUUUAGCAUUGAGUAGUUCUUUUUCUAUUUAGUAUUUAGAAAAACAAUAUGCGGUCAAUCCAAUGUUCAAAGUUUUAGUUGUGUUGUGAUUUUGUUACAUGUAAAUGCAAAAUUAAUGUAGUAGAUCUUGAAUGAAAAUAAUACUACCAAGUUGUUGUUUUUUUAA